GCUCAAUUCAAACCAAAAUAUACAUUCAAAUUAGUGAAGAAGAAGAAGAUGGGAGCUGGAGUUUCAACUGGUUAUGAGACUUCACCUGCAGGAACUUAUGGAUCAGCGACGAGGAAAGGCCAUGUGGUUGCUUUCCAUUCAUCGAAGACCUGGAAAAUCCACUUUGAAGCCUCUAAACAGACCCCGAAACUGCUCGUUGUCAACUUCACAGCAGCGUGGUGCGGGCCCUGCCAGUAUAUUCAACCUGCAGUGGAUGGAUUUGCAGAAAUAUACAGAGAUGUGGACUUCGUCAAGAUUGAUGUUGAUGAGUUGGAUGAUGUGGCACAGGAAUUCGAGGUUCAGACAAUGCCGACUUUCGUGCUGAUGAAGAGAGGGAGAGAGGUCGACAAGGUUGUCGGAGCCAAGAAGGAAGACCUGAGGAAGAAGAUUGACAACCAUAGAAUCUAAACACACGAAUGGUUGAGACAGUGCAAUCCAUAUGUUUCUAGUGAUGAGUUGGGCCAAACAAAUAGUCAAAGGAAACAAUUCUCUGUGUUAAAAAAUGAACAAACAAGAUUCCACCAAAGAAACAACCAAGAAAUCAAGAUAUAUAACUUGAAACAAAAUUACAAAGAAA